AAUACAAUAUUCUAUAAACGCUUUAAUUAUGCAGGUACCUACAUUUUAUCCUAAAGUAAUGCCCGGUUCACAUCUAUUCCAGUGGCAUUCCAGUCCAGUAAUCGAAUCCAGCGCUGGAAUGCUACUGGAAUAAUGUGAAACGGCACUCUUGGAGGAUUUAACAACUGGCUGGAGUCGGUCGAAAACCUCGGCCAAUAGUCAUAUGUAUUGUAUGGACUGACGUUUAUCUGACAUGCUAUUUGUACGUAAUGUACAAAUAGCCAUACAUUUGACAUGUCGUCCCCCCACAAAAAUCGGCAGACCGUUUUGUACAGAAAAUUACAGACAAGGCGUCUCCAGUUGUUAAAUCCUCCAAGCCGGCACUGGAUAAUUAUUCCAGUAAACAGUCCAGUCUGGUGACUGGAAUGGUGGUCUACUUUUGAUUCCAGUUCGCCCAUUCCAGCGUCACUGGAAUAACGUAAGCCGUCAAUCCAGUGCUGGAUUAAAUGUGAAAAUGUAUUUGUUAAGAUGCCUCAGAUAACUAACAGUUAAACUCGAUCAACUGACGCUUUUGCACCAUCUUGCCGCGAACCAAACUGCGAAAUCGCUGUGAUGUUGUUCGAGUGUGGAGACAUUCUCACCGCGAAGUCGCGCUGCAAUUCAAGCACACAUGUCUAGGGGGGCUUAUUAUCAGUUUCGUAAAAUGUGCCAAAAAUAACAAACCCAGUACAAUACAUUUUUAUUGGUAUUAUUUAGGCUGAUUACUUAAUUAAUUAUUGUAAAAAAAUAUACAUAUUGUUUUAGAUAGGUAAUUUACAAAAUUCUUUUUUUUUUUAAUUUUUGGUAACUGUAAUAAAAUUAUAGGUACUAAGGGCCUGUUUCACAAUGUCCAAGUAAAGUAUUAGAUAGCCAAUUAACAAAAAAAUAAUUGCCAGAUAAAACUUCCUGCAAUUCUUUGCAAUUUAUCUACCAUUUGAAGAUUGUGAAACGCCAACAAUGCUGCAACGAUUUGUCAGAUAAAUGGCAAGUAGCUUAUUUAGGACUUUACUCUGACAUUGUGAAACAAUCCCUUAAAAUAAUAAAACCCAUUUCAUAGGAUUAUAACCAAAUACUUGACUAAUUGGGAAAUUGUUACUUAUUAUUACAAAUAAUAAAAAAGAAACCAAGAAAGAGUGUUCUAAGUCCUCUUAUCUAAACUCCAUGCUUUUGAGGAUAAACCAUUAAAGGUGUCAUAAUAUCAGAAUCCCGCCUGUUUUACAAAACUAACAUAGUACUUGUAUAAAAGUUUAACUAAAUGUACCCGUAUAAUAUAAUAAAAUGCUUCAAAUACACGUUUUUUACUGUCUAUAAUCUUUAUGUGUAUAUAAUAAAGUACAUACUUAAAUAUUCAGAGCAAUAAAUGAAUACUAGCUGUUUAAAACUUUUCUUCAAUAAAUAAGAAAUUAUAAUAUCUCUCUAGUGUGUUGUUUUUUACUUAUUUAGAAUUCCUACUUUAUAACUGAAAUGGAUUCACGUUAUGUUAUUUUGCCAUUGCUGUGCAACAAUUUUAGUAGCGACAUCUAUUUACAACCACUAGAAUCUUCACUAGUCCAGGCUUUGGUCCAGGCACACUAAUAUCGUGUGAAUACGCCGUAAAUGUAUAUCAGUCAACAGGUGUUUCUAAAGCCCAAAUAAUUUCAUAUUACUACUGUCACUAGUGUCACUGUCAUAAAUGUCACUCGCAUCCGGCCAUAAUUGUUAAAAAAAGUCUGACAUUGACAUAUCAUUGUUGUCGUUUGUUUUUGACGUUUUGGUUGGUCCAUUUUUAGUCCAUUUUGGGUCCAUUUAGUUUGUUAUUUUAGUUUGAAACAUGUUGUUUAAAGUUUUAACGUAGCUUUCUUGCUACUACAUGUUUUCAGAAGGCGUAGUCAUUGGAUAGCCGUACGUGUCUCUCAAUCAUGUUAUUACUACGGGAUUUGGAGUAAUAUCUUCUUCUAUGGCAUUUUCGCUAUGACCAGUAUCAUUUUAAUGCAAAAACUAUUAGCCAUGAAACUAAACAAGGCAGAAUUUGACAGAAUUAAACUACAGCAAGCGAAUAUAAAGCAAAAAAAGCAUAAAGUGCUGAGUUCAUUAAAAGAAAUUCUAGAGAAUCAGUCAUCUAAUAAAACCUGCAGACUAUGCCUAAGGUCUGGUGGGAAGAAUAUAUUUGGAGGAGAUCAGGACUUUGAUGUUGUUCUCAAUGUUAGAUACAUCUUAGGAAUAGAGAUUACAGAAGAUGACGGCAAGCCACAGCACAUUUGCGGCGAUUGCGAACACACAGUACGGCAGGCCUCGCGACUCAAGCAGACGGCGGAGACCACACAGUGGAGGCUGCAGCAAGAAUUAGAGAUGGUGGCUGACGAUGCGGCGUCAGACUGGAGCGAUGGGCCGGAGCAGCACGGCGGCUAUUUUACGGUCAAGGCGAGCGAAGCGGAUAUUGCGCGGGAAUGGAUUUGUGGGAAGUGUCGGACGUCCUUUAACACGCAGGAGGAAUUCACGGAGCACGAGAAGCAGCCGUCCUGCAGGACACAGGCCAGAGGCUAUGUGUGUGAAACGUGCGGUUUGGAAAUGAAGUCUAUGUCGCGGCUCAAGAGACACAGGCUGACGCACACGGCCGCGCUCCCGCACGCGUGCGCGGCGUGCCCGUACCGCGCGCGCACCGUGCACGCGCUGGCCGUGCACGCGCGCGCGCACUCGGGCGCGCGGCCGGCGCGCUGCGCGUGCGGCGCCGCCUUCGCCUCCGCCUCCAACCUCGCCUCGCACCGCCGCUCGCACCUGCCGCCCCGCUUCCACUGCCAGCUGUGCGCCAGGGGCUUCAAGUUCAGGGCGGCCCUUCAGAACCACAUGGCGUCUCAACACAGCAACGCGAAGCCCUACAACUGCAACAUAUGUGCGAAAGCUUUUUCUACAAGGAAGAUGAUCCUCCGUCACGAGUUGAAAGCGCACAAUCGGCCCAAAAUGCGCUCCGGAAUCCUGCCCAGUUACAUGAGAAUACAGGAAAAUAACUGACGUGCGUUAGAGAAAUACCUAAUAACUCAAAAACAAAUAUUACAAGCGGAAGGAGUUCAGAAUACACUUUUCGUUUGUCGCGACAUCUAGUGUCAAGUAGCGGUACUGAUAAAUCCGCUUCUUGACGCUAGAUGUCGAGUACGAAACUGAGCAGUAUUUUGGUUACAUGCAUGUCAAGGGGAUUAGCCGUCUAUUGUAUUAUUAGAUUUUAAUUCCAUAAAAUUCGUUUUUACAAUUAUAAGCUUUUAUUUAACUUGCGCUGUUACCCACUUAUUCAUAAACGUCUACUAAAGUUAACAAGCCGCUAAUAAUCGUUUGUCCCUUUCCAUCGUACCGAUACAUACUGACACUGACCGAAAUAUUACACUGACCGACAGACAAAUGUAUACGCAUGCUACCUUGACCUAUCGAAGGCGUUCGAUAUGGUUAAUUAUGG